AUGGUGUUCGCAGAUGAUGCGACACCAAUUCCGGAAGGGAAACCCCAAGUGGAGGAGUGGUUCAAGACCCACGUCGCUCCUCUGGCUGCGCGUAAAGCCACUCUAGAUCCAGCUCUCGUAGCUGCUGAGGCUGCGCCACGAAUCAUCACCGUGAAUCCAAAGGGACAAGCUCAAUUUCAUUCAUUAACCGACGCAUUAAAUAGUGUUCCUGAAGGGAACAAAAAGCGUGUGAUCAUCAGGAUGGCUCCUGGUGAGUACGUAGAGAAAGUCACUAUCGACCAAGAAAAACCCUUCAUCACAUUGGUUGGAGACCCUAACAACAUGCCCAUUAUCAGCUACGACGGUACUGCCGCCGAGUAUGGCACCGUUGAUAGCGCCUCUCUCAUCAUCUUAUCCGACUAUUUCAUGGCCGUCAACAUCGUCGUUAGGAAUUCAGCGCCGAUGCCGGAUGGUAAAAGAAAGGGAGCACAAGCCGUAUCUAUGAGAAUCUCCGGGAACAAUGCGGCUUUCUACAGCUGUAAAUUCUACGGUUUCCAAGACACAGUUUGUGACGAUAAGGGAAACCAUUUCUUCAAGGAUUGUUACGUCGAAGGGACAUACGAUUACAUCUUCGGAAGUGGAACCUCUAUGUACUUGGGAACGCAUCUGCACGCGGUGGGAGAUGGAGUUAGAGUGAUUACAGCGCAUGCCGGAAAGAGCGAACAAGAGAAGAGUGGAUACGCUUUCGUGCACUGCAAGGUGACUGGAACCGGUGGCGGAAUCUUUUUGGGUAGGGCGUGGAUGAGCCACCCUGAGGUUGUCUACGCCUACACCGAGAUGACCAGCGUCGUCAAUCCAACCGGAUGGCAAGAAAACAAGGAGGCCUCACAAGACCAUACCGUGUUCUACGGAGAGUACAAGUGCAAGGGACCAGGAUCACACCAAGCCAAUAGAGUUCAUUUCACAGAAGACAUUGACCCCCCUGAAGCUCACCGUUUCCUUACCCUCGGUUACAUCCAAGGAUCUAAGUGGCUUCUCCCACCUCCAGUUUUGUAA